AUGGGUUUGUGCAGGUUGGCAGUUGUUUUCUCUGUGUUAACAUCGGCAAUGGCUGGCGUCAACCCUGGGGUACAGAUGAGGAUGACAGAGAGAGGGCUCAACUACGUGAACACACUAGCGGAAAAUUCUAUCAAGGCUGAACUACAAGCCCUGAAAAUAGAUGACCAGUCAGGCCACAGCGGUCAUUUGUCCUGGGAGUUGAACCAUAUCCAGGUGCAACAAGUGGCCGGGCCAAACAGUCAAAUAACCUUUAACCCUGGAGUGAGUGGUCUAACCUGGUCUCUCAGUAAUUUCGGCAUCCAGCUCUACGCUGACUGGCACGCCAAGUUCAAGCAAGGAUGGGUGAAGAUCUCAGACCAUGGCAGCCUCACGGUCAGUCUGGGCGCCGUCUCCUUGACACUGGCAGUGGCAUUUGGUCAGAAAGAUGGCCGUCCAUCAAUUUCCUCAAAGUCUUGCAAUGCUCACAUCGGUCACGUCGAUGUCAAGUUCCACGGAGGUUCUGCCAAAAUUUUGAAUCUGUUCAGGGGUGUUGUAGAAAAGAGAUUUAAAGAUGUGCUUGAAAGCCGAAUUUGUGCAAUUGCCAACAAAAAUAUCAAUGAGAAUGCAGAAGAAGCUCUCUCAAGAAUGAAAGUUAACGUAACCAUUGACCACCGUUUUCUCUUGGACUACAGCCUGGUGGCGCCUCCUGUUGUCUCCAGCAACUUCCUGCAGACACCACACAAGGGAGAGUUCUACUGGCAGUCCGACAAGCAAGAAUGUCCGUUUGCACCUGGUGCAAUUCCUGAAUGGGGUGAUGUCAGUAGUAUGCUCUACCUGUGGCUGACUGAGUACACGGCCAACACAUUUGCAUAUCAGGCACAUCAUCAUGGUUACCUCCAGUACACCUUGACCAAAGAUAAGUUGCCGGCAGACAAGGCAGACUAUCUGAACACAACCUGCCACUCCAUGUGUAUCGGCAAAAUCAUUAAAGAGAUAUCUCAGGCUUACCCAAAUUCUUGGGUAGAGCUGAGGGUCAACUCAUCGGCUGUGCCAGUUGUUACAAUUACCAGCCAGAAUCUAACAGCAAGCACCUGGGCAGACGUGCAACUGUUUGCUCACACGCCAGAUGGGAAUACUCAUUAUCUUCUCACACUGGGUGUGAGUUUGUCGCUGACUGGCCAAGCUUCCAUCGAGAGAGAGAAACUGAUUGCGACUAUUGUAGGUCACAGUUUCGAUGCCUCGCUGGUGAAAUCUGAGAUUGGGAACAUAGAUGUUAAAAAAGCCAAGAUUUUUAUCGAAGGAGUUCUGACUUUUGCAAUUAUUCCAGAACUGAACAAACUUGGCAAAGCUGGCAUCGACCUACCAGUGACACCAGAUGUACAGUUUCUGAAUACCAAGCUUAUCCUGCAGAAU